AUGUCUUAUUGUACAAAACAAGAUAAUGGAAAACAUAAAGUGAUGUUUUUAACUAAAGAUGAUUUAAGUUCUCCAUCUACAAUUAAACCAAAAGAAGAUGAAACAUUUGAUCCAUGGGAACAACAUGGUUUAAUUUUACCAAAUGGUUCAAUUAAUUGGGAUUGUCCAUGUCUUGGUGGUAUGGCAUCUGGUCCAUGUGGUUUAGUUUUUCGUCGAGCAUUUACUUGUUUUCAUAAUAGUGAUUCGAAAGCUAAAGGUUCCGAAUGUUUUGCAGAUUUUGCUGCAUUAACUGAAUGUUUUUCUAAAUAUCCGAAAUUAUAUGGAAGUAAAGAUAAAGAUAAAUCAUCAUCAAAUACUGAACAGACACAAUCAGCUACAACAGCUUUAGCUAAUGUAUUCAACAGUCAAACAUAUAGUUUAUAUUAUACCUGUGCGUUUGAUUGUUUUCUAGAUAUAAUAAUAAUGGCAAAUGAAGGUUCAUAUAGAAUUUUAUCUAGUGGUCGUAAAGUUGAAACUAAUUCAUCAAUUAAUCGUGUAUUAAAAAGUGGUCGAUGUCUUACUAAUGAUGAACAACAACAACAGCCAGUAAAUAAAAAACAACGAACACUUUAUUCUGAAAUCGGAACAAUUUUACAUAGUAAUGAUUAUGAAAAUAAUAGUAGAAAUCAUGAUUCAUCAACGAUAUCAAGUAAAAUUCAAGUUAGUGAACGUAAACCACGAGAAAAUGAACCAUCAAAAAAACUUCUUUUACAAGCUGUUUCGGAUGCAAAUAAAAGUGUUUUAAUGAAAUUAAAUAAAACAAAUGGUGUUGUUAAAGUUAUGAAACCUGAUGGUACAACAGAAUGUUUAACAACAAAAACAUUAGCUAAACGUUUAAAAGCGAAAGAACCAACAUGGAUUGAUCCAACUAGUUUAAUUAAUAAAGCUGAACCAACAUUAGGUAAAAUGAAAAUUCGUAUUAAAAAUGAAUAUUGUUCAACAACAGAUGAUGAUAAUAAUAAAUCAAAUGAACAACAUAUAUCACCAAUGGAAUUUGAAGAUGAUGAAGAAGAUGAAUUUAUUGUUGUUGUAAAUAAUACUAAUGAAGCGGGAGAUGAUACUACGAAUAUUUGGAUGUUAAAUGAUUAUCCAUGUGAUGAUAAUGGAAAUAAUCUUAAUAUGAAUGAAUAUGAAGAUGGAAAAGGAAAUGGAACAUUUAAACGUAAAUUAAGUGAUGAUAUGAUGUCAGAUGUUAAUGAAGACGAUCAAUAUUCUCCUCCAACAACUUCACUUGCAUCAUCAAAUAAAAAACAAAAACGUUGUCGAUUUUGGCCUGAUUGUCAUAAUGGAGAUCAAUGUGAAUUUGUUCAUCCAAGUCAACGUUGCACACAUUUUCCAAAUUGUGUAUAUGGUUCGGAAUGUUUAUAUAUUCAUCCACCAUGUCGUUUUGGUAGUGCAUGUGCAAGACCUGAUUGUCCUUAUUUACAUACAUCAGUAACUCCUGCAUCAUCACCGACAUCAACAAAUAAUAAUAAUACAGCAAAUACGGGACGAGCAUCCAUAACAAAUCGAUCUGAAAGUUCGACUAUAUGUAAAUUUGGUGUACAAUGUAUGCGUCCAAAUUGUAUGUAUUCACAUCCUCGUUUGCCAUUUCCAGCUGCUCGUAAUUAUAAAUGGGUGAAUAAUAAAUGGAAUGCUUCGGAUGAUAUAUCAUUAUUACCACCACCACCAAAAAAUAUUAUUUAUGAAAAUCCAUUUAUAACCGAUAAGACAUCAAUAAAUAAAAAUACAAAUAGUAACGAAGAUGAAAUCGAAAAAUGA